AUGCGAAACGAAACCGUUCAAAUGAUUUUGAAACGAUUCAAAGGAAUCGAAACGAUUCAUUGCGACGGACGAAACGAUUCAAAACGACUUUUUUGCUUCAGUAAUGCCCCAGCUCAGGGGUGCGGGGAAAGCUGUUCAGUAGUCAAACUAGUCGAGUUUAUCAAUCCACAAAACGGUCGAUUGACGGACGAGUUGCGGAGGGUCCUGGAUAUCCACGAUGAUGAUGAUGCUGAUGAUGCCUUUAUCAUGGAUGCAAAAUAUGAAGCUACUUCAGGUGCUGAAGUUGCUGACAAGCAAAAGCAUCUAACUGAAGAUCAGCGCAAGCUCCUGGCUCAAGCGUUGCAGAAUACAGAUGAGAUUUUCGAUGGUCAACUUGGACAUUACAAGCGUGAGAAGGUUCACUUGGAGCUCAUUGAAAAUGCACAACCCGUGUUUUCAAAAGCGUAUUCAGUGCCCAAGCAACAUGAAUCUGCAUUCCUCAAAGAGUUGAAACAUCUACAAGAGAUUGGAGUCCUUGAACGAACAGGACCGUCAGAAUGGGCGUCGCCAACAUUCAUCAUUCCAAAGAAGGACGGUAGGGUGCGAUGGAUCAGCGAUCUCCAACAGCUGAACAAGAAUGUCAAGCGUAAAGUAUACCCCUUGCCUUUGAUUGAUGAUAUUGUUGCCCGUUGUUCUGGCUACAAGUAUUUCACAAAACUUGAUCUCACAAUGAUGUAUUAUUCUUUUGAAUUGGAUGAGCGGAGCAAAAAACUUUGCACGAUCAAUACCCAGUAUGGUUUGUACCAAUACAACCGAAUGGCAAUGGGAUUGAAACCGGCUCCUGAUUUUGCCCAAUACUAUAUAGAAAAAACUCUAUGCGACCUAAAAGAAAAAGGUGUUGAAAUUUAUAUUGACGAUGUUGGUCUGUUCUCCAAUUCCUACAAAGAACAUAUGGCCUUGAUCCAAGAAGUGUUGCAGCAACUACAAGCUGCUGCGUUCAAGAUCAAUCCCUUGAAGUGCGAGUGGUGUGUCCAAGAAACUGAUUUCUUGGGCCAUUGGUUGACUCAUUACAUGGAUAGAGUCAAGUGUAUUGUGACUGAAUGGAAUGCCGAGUUCCGAGCAGAUGUAUUAGAGCGAUCGAAAACUUUCAUGAUAGUAUAUAAAUAUGACUAA